CUUGGCAACUACAGACGCUUUCCCAGCUUCCGGAAAUGCGUGGCCGGGAGGAAAAAUGGCGUAUAGCCCACUGCAUAUACCUCUUAUAUGUGUGGCAACAACGGAUUCGUUUAGCCCUUUCUUUUUGUCUAUUUUCGUCGCUUUUGCAGCAUUACAAACAAUACAAUCUGAAGAUGUGUUCAGUGCGAGCCGCACGGCUUCAGUGUCAAUCUCUGCAGCAAGGGAUCUUCGGUACCUUUUAUAUGAUGUAAACCCACCUGAAGGGUUUAAUUUGCGAAGAGAUGUCUACAUCCGCAUGGCCUCACUGGUCAAGACUUUGAGGAAAGAGGGGGAUGACUGGGUAUUGGUCCUCCCCCCUUGGGGUCGACUCUAUCACUGGCAAAGUCCUGAUAUCCACCAGAUCCGUAUCCCAUGGGGAGAGUUCUUCAGCCUGACCAGCCUGCAAGCCAACGUACCCGUUAUUGAGUAUGAGGAAUUUAUUGCUGAAAAUGGAGGCCCUUUCAUAGACCAGGUGCUUGUGCUACAGAACUAUGCCGAGGGAUGGACUGAUGGAAAAUGGGAGGAAAAAGUUGAUGAGCGUGCAUGUAUUGAGAAGCUUCUGUACACCAAAGAUAAACAGGGCUACUACAGGGGCUGGUUUUGGGGCUAUGAAGAAACAAGGGCUCGAAAUGUGACAUGUUUAUCGGCUCAGGGCCAUGCAUCCAUCAUGGCCCCAGUUCUUCAGAAAAACUUCACAGCAGUCUCAGUCAUGCUUGACAGAGCAGAGACUCUCCUACAUGAUCACUAUGCUGGAAAAGACUACUGGAAUACCCGGCGCAGCAUGGUUUUUGCCAAGCACCUGCGACUCAUAGGGGAUGAUUUCAGAGCAAAAUAUCUGAACUCCACAGAUGACACAGACCGCACACUAUAUAAUGAAGACUGGACCCGCAUGAAAGUGAGUCAUUGUGUACUCUAUUAUCGCAUAUCCGCUUCCUAGAAAACUUCAUGUUAU